AUGAUAGGUGAUAAUCUUCUUGAUCAAUCAACAACAGAUGAUACUCUGCCAUAUGUUCAAAAAGGCACACGUCUCAAUUUACAUUGUUGGCAUACAAAUAUACCUUUUUCGAAAUUUGCUUUUAAAAUGGGUCACUAUAAUCAAACUCACUUAGAAAAAUAUAAAAAUGACAAAACUGUUCAAGCUUAUGCAAUGCGCAUGGCACUUGAAUCAAAAUAUAUGACACUCGAAGAAUUGGCUUCAUAUGGAAGAAAUAAAUCUUUGCCAUCUUAA